CCAAGUCUGAUGUAUAAUACAGGAAUGCAUUGAACUGCUGAAUUUGCAUGCAAAUUUAUCACAUAAUGGUCCUUAUGUAUACCAUUAUAAUACAGGUGGACCGAUCCCCUUGGAGGAAGAAGUUCACAACAAGUACGCAGUUAGAGGGCAUAGAUACUUUAUUGGUUGGGGGACUGAUUCCAAGUUUGACUGAUGUGAUGGAACCAAAAUACGGAAACCCCAACCUGACAGUGAACUUCACUGGAUGUUUAUCAGAUGUCAAUUACAAACCAGUGAGAGGAGGCUCCUUUGAAGUACAACCCAUGAAACAGCUGAGGGACCUUAAGAAUGGCUCCAUGAGUGUGUACGGGCCUGAGGUUCCUCAAUGCUCACCUGUGGACUAUGACGAUCAUCUGGUGUCCACAACAUCCACAGUCUACGUACCUACUACAACAGCUAAUCCACUGUCUGGUGUUACAAUGCCACCCUGGGAUGUAGGAGGCCCCAAAAUUUACAUCAUUGGAAUUGGAAACAACGGAACAACUCCACCGCCACCUACCACCACCACUUCUACUACCACCACAGUUGCCAUUGUCACCACUGCGGUAGACCUCCUUACCACCGAGGAGGGACCUACAAACAUAACACUGUUAAUGGGACAAAUCACCACAGAUAAAGUGUCCUCAAUGACUAUCUUGAUAGUGUCUACGUUGCUGGCUCUGCUGUGUCUUAUAGCCAUUCUGAUUGCUGUUGUCAUGAGACGCAUGCGGACUCGUUACGUCACGUACGAUGUCCGCAAGAAAUACAAUUUUGAUGACUUUGAGCUGAAGGAGCCGCUAAACCAUAACAUGGAGACAUACAGCCCCGCUCCCCCACCCCCCAAAAAAGACAUUCAUAUCGCCACAUGGGAUGAGUUCAGCAUGGUGUCAGCUACAUUAGGAUCAAGUAAAAAGAAACAAAAUGGAAUUCUCCCAGGAAAAGUUAACACAUUACCUGCAGACGUGAGGAACUUAGAAUACCCAGUACAAACUACCUUCCUACCAGACGACAACACAAAGUACCCAGUAUACAGCUGUAAAAAGAACAGGCCUGCUUCUUCUAUAUCAGAAGUACUGGAGGAAAUGGAGAGGCAGCAAAGAGCUAAAGAGCUUGGUGCUGACCCGGAUCAGUACGAGGAACCAAAGUCCCACGGGGAGGGGGAUCUGGAGUGGGACCCCCUGGUCGACCACACCCCACUCACCAUGGGAGUCCCUGACACUAUUUAUGAGACUCAGGAUGAAGAUUCGGAUGGUAAGAGCCGAGCCACUUCCUGCGAGUCAGAGGAUCCUCUGAAGAUUUUAGAACAACAGCAAGAUCUCCUUCACGAAUACAAUGCAGACAGCGGCUACGAAGCAGAGUCCCAGCGGAACGGAGAUGAAGAUCUGGACCUUAACGAGUCCAUAACCCCGCCCACCCCUGAUAGCUCCAAGCUGUAUUAUGACAUUACGGGGGUGGAAGGGUCCCCUCAGUGUACCUCCACCCCCCACAAAAUUAUCGUGGAAUCUGAGGAACAGUUUGUCUAGUCCGAGAGUUCCAGGAAAUUGUCGAAGUGUUGAUUUUUUUUUUCCUUGGUGCUUUUAUUUUAAAAUUCAAUGUCUCAUUUGUUAUAAAAAUUUUAUGCUCAUUUAAUUUAAGAAUAUACUGGAUAUGUGUUUUAAAAACAUGUAUCCUUGCUGAUAGAUGUUUUUUAAUGUGUUCAAAGUUCACUGAGAAAGGAAAGGGAUCUUAGGUGUGUCCUACUCAAUAAAUUAUUGCUGUGAUCAAAAUAUUUAAUCUUCAGCAGAAAUUUGAUCAUUGAAUAUGUGUAUUAUCUUUUUUCAACAUGUAAAACAAUCCAUUAGUUGUUUGGUUUCUUUUUUAAUUGUAAAUUGUAUGUCAUUCCAGUUUGCAUGUGAAGUGGGAUUGAGAAAAAAAACUUGCAAGAUACUUAUAAAGUUCAAAAUAAAAUAUAAUGUAAUUUCUGUGCAAUUUUUGUGAAAUUUGGGGCUUUUAAAGGGCAGGAUUUUUAAACAACUUUAACUUUUGAGAAAAAAGUAAUGGUUUAAAAA